AUGAAGAGCUUCUGGAAUUGGAUUCUGGAUCAGAAGAUGAGUACUACACGAAAAUGGCAAUCAGCAAUGUUAAGGACUGAUGGCUAUCACCCAGGGGGCACUGGACAGAUGAAACUAAUCGGUGGUAGUGAUGAUGAACUCGAACGUAAGCAAAGACAAAAUUCCAGUGCUGCACAGACAAUUCGUGGUAAUCAUAAGAUUAGCUUUUCAUUGCAAAAUUUCGAUAACGUUGGCGAGAGUAAGUCAAUAGACUUCGAUGAAUUCUUCGAUGAAUCUUCGAAUGCCAUCGAAUCCGCUUUGGUUAGUUUAUUAGUCUGCCAACAUAAAUGA